AUGUUACAACAUCGUCAGUACUUUCCUGCCAUUGGAGAUAUUAAAAUUCAUUGUUUAAAGGUAAAACAUAGAGGAAUUUAUCAUCACUUAUCAGACUUUAUGCUUGUUAAGAGUACAUUUGGAGAUAGUAAAAAGAACCAAUUUCUCUUAGUAGAUGCUUCUCACUUAGAGCAAUUUGAUGAGGGUCCUUCAAAACUAUCUCUCAUCCAUGGAUCAUCAUCAAAGCAUCCCAAGAUUUUUGUACCCAUUGUGAAUCAGAAACUCCCUAGUGUUGACCACUUUACUUCUGACGGUUCCUGUAAAAAAGCUUCAAAGAAUGUCAAGGGAGCUAGGUCAUCCAAUCUUGAACCAAGUUUAGAGCAGCAUUUGGAUCCUAAAGUAACAGAAAAGUUAUAUACUGUUGAUAAGGAGAUAAAAUACAAGAAAAGGAUACGUGAAGUGCAUAAUGAUGAUGCUUCUGUGAUGAAAAAACAUAAGACUCAAAGGAAAGAAGGGGAUGCAAAAGCUCUAUAA